UUUCUUCCCGCUAAACCGACAAAGUGACGGUACAAAAUGGCAGACAAGACAGCACCUGGUUCAGCACUUCGUUUGGAGUGGGUGUAUGGCUACAGGGGCCACCAGUGUCGGAAUAAUCUGUAUUACACGGCCAGUAAAGAUGUGGUGUAUUUUGUUGCUGGGGUUGGAGUUGUGUACAACGUACGGGAACACUCACAGAAGUUCUUCCUGGGGCACGAUGAUGACAUUGUCAGCCUUGCUCUUCAUCCUGAGAAGACAUUGGUAGCCACUGGCCAAGUAGGCAAAGAACCCUACAUCUGUGUCUGGGAUUCCUACAAUGUCGAGACAGUCUCCAUACUCAAGGAUGCCCAUACUCAUGGCAUUGCUGUGCUUGCCUUCAGCAAGGAUGGCACGCAACUUGUUUCAGUUGGUAUGGAUACCAGCAACAUCAUCAAUGUCUGGGACUGGAAGAAAGGCAGGGUACUAGCCACGGUCAAAGGUCACUCUGACAGGAUCUUUGACUGUCAGUUUAAUCCUCACAAGGAACACACCAUCGUCAGCUGUGGGGUCAAACACAUCAAGUUCUGGUCUCUUAGUGGCAACUCACUGAGUGCUAAGAAGGGAGUCUUUGGCAAGGCUGGGGAGAUACAGACGAUGCUGUGCCUGACGUUUGGCCCUAAUGACAUCACGUACUCGGGGACUCUCAGCGGUGACGUCUACGUGUGGGCUGGGAACAAUCUGCAGAGGGUCAUUCAAAAUGCCCAUGGGUCGGGCAUCUACACCAUUGAUGCAUGUGACGAGGGAUUUGCUACCGGCAGUCGAGAUAGUUGCAUCAGGUUGUGGGACACAGACUUCAAGCCGGUCACCAAGAUCAACCUGGCAGAAACUAAAGAAGGUUAUCCAGGUCUGACUGUGCGGAGUGUCCACUGGCGUGGGGACCGCGUUCUUGUUGGCACCCAGGACAGCGAAGUCAUGGAGAUCUUUCUGCGAGAGAAAGACAAGCCCAGGAUCUUGGUCCAAGGCCACGCGGAGGGGGAACUCUGGUCUCUAGCUGUUCAUCCCAAAAGGCCAUUUAUUGCAACGGGGAGUGACGAUACUAGUGUUAGGAUUUGGAAUACUGAAGAGAAGAAGCUAGUCAUUCACACCAAGAUGGAAAACAGUGUCCGCUCAGUGGCUUUCAACAGCGACGGCUCGGCACUGGCUGCUGGCAUGUCAGAUGGAUCCUUCACGGUACUCAAGGCAAAGGAUUUGUCAGAAGUGAUCCACAUUAAAGAUCGGAAGGAGGUUAUCCAUGAGAUGAAGUACUCUCCCGAUGGCAACUAUCUAGCCGUGGGCUCUAAUGAUAACUACGUGGACAUCUACGCUGUGACCCAACGCUACAAGAAGGUUGGUCAGUGUGCUGGAAGCAGUAGCUUUAUCACUCAUCUGGAUUGGUCCGAGGACAGCAAGUAUCUACAGACCAAUAGCGGAGCAGCCGAGAGAUUGUUCUUCAGAAUGCCAGCUGGGAAGCAGGUGACACAACGUGAUGAAGUCCGCUCCAUCCGAUGGGCAACCUGGACCAGCGUCCUGGGCCCGGAGGCCAGCGGUAUCUGGCCCAAGUAUUCAGACACCAACGACGUCAAUGCUGUAGAUGCACACUUUGGCAGUGAAGUCAUGGUGACUGGAGAUGACUUUGGUCUAGUCAAGAUGUUUAGAUUCCCUUCACUCAAGAAAGGGGCUAAAUUCCGGAAGUACGUCGGCCACUCGGCCCAUGUGACCAACGUUCGUUUCUCCCACGACCACCGACACGUCAUAUCAACCGGAGGUGGGGACCAUGCGGUAUUCCAAUGGAGGUUCAUCCCGGAGGGCGUCAAUGCACAGGAUGAGAGUGGGGACACCGGUCAUUACACAGGUUACGUUGAUUCCAACAGUGAAGAUAGUGACUCAGACUUGUCGGACGUCGCUGAGCUUGACUCUGACAUUGAGAAAGAGAAAGAGAUAGAUUAUGACAGGCCAGUCUAUAAGGAAGACCUGACUCGUCUCAAGAGGCAGAAGAAGGAGGGUAAUUCUGGGCAGAAACGCCAAAAGGCGCCCAGCCAGGGAAUCAGAAUGGAGUUUGUUCAUGGUUACCGUGGCUAUGACUGUCGGAACAACCUGUUCUACACGCAAGCUGGUGAGGUGGUCUACCAUGUAGCAGCUACGGGUAUAGUCUACAACCGAGACACUCACACACAGAGAUUCUACCUCGAGCACACUGAUGAUAUACUGUGUCUAUGUAUUCACCCUCUCAAGGAUAUUGUCGCAACGGGCCAGGUUGGUCGAGAUCCAACGAUUCAUAUCUGGGAAGCUGAGACCACCAAGUCACAAGCCAUCCUGAAAGGCCAACACAUGAGGGGUGUCUGCGCUGUGGACUUCUCUGGUGACGGCAAGAAACUAGCCAGCGUUGGUCUGGAUGACAAUCACUGCAUCGUAGUUUGGGACUGGCGGAAGGGAGAGAAACUAGCCACCACCAGGGGACACAAAGACAAGAUCUUUGUCAUCAAAUGGAACCCUCAUAACUUGGACAAGUUGGUGACAGUCGGCAUGAAACACAUCAAGUUCUGGAACCAAACAGGUGGGGGGUUCACAUCCAAACGAGGAACAUUUGGCAAUGUCGGCAAGCCAGACACCAUGAUGUGUGUGUCCUAUAGUCGUUCGCCAGAGAUGACCUACUCUGGGGGCGCGACAGGAAGCAUCUAUGUCUGGCAAGACGUGACUCUCAUCAGGACUGUCAGUGCGCAUCAGGGGCCAUGCUUUGCCAUGCAUUCACUCGAUAAGGGUUUUGUCACCGGAGGCAAGGAUGGUGUAGUAUCCCUCUGGGAUGAGUCCAUCGAACGUUGUCUGAAAUCCUACCCCAUCAGGAGGACUAGCCUGGCCCAGGGGACACGGGGAGUCCUCCUUGACGACAACCCGUCCAUCCGAUCAGUCAUUCUGGGUCACGGUCACAUCCUAGCGGGGACGAAAAACGGCGAGGUGAUGGAGAUUGAGAAGAGUGGUCCAGUCAGGAUACUGGUCCAGGGACACAUGGAAACCGAGAUCUGGGGUCUGGCAACCCACCCCUCUAAGAGCAUCUGUGCCACAGUCAGCGAUGACGAGACCGUCAGGCUAUGGGACCUGGGACCCGACCAUAAGAUGCUGAAUGUUCGGAGAUUGAAGGGUGGAGCUAGAUGCUGUGAUUUCUCUCCAGAUGGAAAAGCUCUAGCUGUUGGAUUCAAAGAUGGUAGUUUCUCUGUUGUGAAUGGUGACACUUUAGACGACAUUGCAGGCUUCCAUCACAGGAAAGAAGAAAUAUCGGAUGUUAAAUUUUCCCCAAAUUCGGGGAAGUAUCUUGCAGUGGCCUCACAUGAUAACUACAUUGAUAUCUACAGUGUCUUGAAUACUAAGCGAGUUGGAACUUGUAAAGGAUCCUCCAGUUACGUCACGCACACGGACUGGGAUGUGAACGGCAAACUUCUGAUGAUGAACUCUGGAGCCAAGGAGCAGUUGUUCUUCGAGGCGCCCCGGGGUAAGCGCCAGGCCCUCCGUAACGCCCAGAUUGAGUCCCAGGGAUGGGCAACAUGGACUUGCGUCCUAGGCCACACCUGUACGGGAAUCUGGCCAUCAAAGAGUGACGUGACGGAUGUUAACGCCAGCUCACUGUCGCAUGAUAAGACUAUCCUAGCCACGGGUGAUGACUUUGGCUACGUCAAGUUGUUCCACUGGCCAGCUUCGGGCAAGAACGCCAAGUUCAAGAAGUAUGUCGGUCACAGUGCCCAUGUGACCAACGUCCGAUGGACUUACGACGACAAAGCGUUAGUGUCAGUGGGUGGAGCCGAUACGGCAUUGAUGGUGUGGUCACAUGACAUGCCGGGGACUCGGGAUAAUGUUCAUGGAGAAAGUGAUGACUCUGACACUGAUUCGGAAGAAGAUGGAUAUGACAGUGAUGUGCAACGGGAGACCACUAUAGACUAUGCCUCCAAGACCUACACCAACCCUCUCAGAGAGAAGACGGGAGUCAAGCCUGACCAGCAAACUAUGCAGGAAGAUGACACGCCGAGUGUAAGCAGAGGAGGUCCCAAACCACCCAAGGUCAAGAAAGCAGACGCAGACACUGGCAAGAAGAAACGACCGUCACAAGUUGAGGAUCUGUCACUGCGACAUAUCCAUGGCUACCGAGGCUUUGAUUGUCGUAAUAAUCUCCUUUACCUCAAUGACGGAGCAGAUAUUAUCUAUCACGCUGCAGGAGCCUGCAUUGUACAGAAUAUAGCAUCAGGCACCCAGAGCUUCUAUCUAGAACACACCGAUGACAUUAUCUGCCUAACAGUCAACCAACACCCCAAGCACAAGAACGUCGUCGCCAGCGGUCAGAUCGGAGCUACGCCAGCUGUCAAUGUCUGGGAUGCUACUACUAAGCAGACGCUGUCCAUCAUCAAGGGAUUCCACACCAAGGGAGUGUGCUCGGUCAACUUCAGUGCUACAGGGAAGUUGCUGCUAACGGUGGGCAUUGAUGAUAAUCACUCUGUAGCUGUAUGGAGAUGGCAACAAGGUACCAAGGUAGCAGGCAGCAUUGGCCACUCCAAACGUAUCUUCAUUGGCGAGUUCAGACCGGACUCUGACUCGGACUUUGUGACCGUCGGUGUGAAACAUGUCAAGUUCUGGACGGUGGCGGGUGGUGAGCUGAUCGCCAAGCGUGGCCUGAUGAACACGGCCGGACAGAACACCCAGGAUGUCAAGAUGCAAACAAUGCUGUCCAUUGCUUUUGGAUCAAAUGACACAACGUUCACCGGCGCAAUGAGCGGUGACGUGUACGUCUGGAAGCAGAACAUCCUCGCCAGAGUUGUCUCAAGGGCUCACAAUGACGCUGUCUUCACAUUAUACACGACUUUGAAAGAUGGUUUGAUUGUAUCAGGGGGCAAGGAGAAAGAGUCUAAGAGUAAAGACAGCGGGCCAGUGAAGCUUUGGGAUCAAGAAAUGAAGCGAUGCCGCGCCUUUCAAUUGGGCACGGGGAACACCAUGGAUGUUAUCAAAUCUGUCUGCAGAUGUAAGGGCAAGAUUUUAGUGGGCACCAAGGACAGCGAAGUCAUCGAGAUCGGUGAGAAGAACGGUCAAGUGACGAUGUUAGUACAGGGGCAUGGGGAAGGAGAGAUCUGGGGCUUGGCCACUCAUCCUUCUAAGGAACUGUUUGCAUCAGCUAGUGAUGAUGGUACUAUCAGGAUAUGGGAUGCGCAGAAGAUGGUAAUGACAACUAAAGUCAGCAUGGGCUCAUCGGCGCGAUCCAUCAUCUACAGUCCUGACGGGGAAACCCUAGCCGUGGGGCUGAAGAACGGCGAGUUCUGUCUACUGGCUGUCGGAACUAUGAAAGUGUGGGCCAAGAAACGAGAACGGAACAAGGCCAUCACGGAUCUGAGGUUCAGUCCCAAUGCCCAGUACAUUGCCGUGGGUUCUGAAGACGGCUGUGUGGACUUCUACGAUAUGACCCAAGGUCCCUCCCUGAACCGUGUCGGUUUCUGUCGGGGAAUCCCCAGCUUUGUCUUCCAGCUGGAUUUCUCCGCUAACAGCAAAUACAUCCAGGUCGGUACAGGAUCAUACAAAAGACUACUGUACGAAGUACCAGGUGGAAAACCGGUCACCGAUACUGCAACCAUAGAUAAGAUCACGUGGGCGACAUGGACCAGCGUUCUUGGAUCUGAAGUUGUUGGGAUCUGGCCCAGAAGUUCCCAGAGUGCCGAUGUGAACUGUGCGGCGUUGACAGGCAAUGCUAAUUCUCUAGCAACCGGCGAUGAUUUUGGAUUUGUCAAGCUGUUCAGGUUUCCCUGCCCCGACAAAUACGCGCCACACAAGAAGUACGUCGGCCAUUCAGCCCAUGUGACUAAUGUGAGAUUCACCUACGAUGAUCGACAUCUCAUCAGUGCAGGCGGGGAUGACUGUUGCUUGUUUGUAUGGAAGUGUACAUGAUGAAAUCUUCGGCCAAGUUUGACAUCAGGCAGUCAGUACUUAUUAUCCAAAGGACAAACAGAUGACCUUCAAAUGACCUUUGACCUUGAGAUGACAUUUGAGGUCAUGCCAUCUUUGAGCAGUGGCACUACAGAAAGAUAAUGGAUUCCAGCUUGGACAACAUGGAGAGUGUUUAAAAUGCCAUCAUCACAAUAACUGAAAGUGGGUUUUUAUUUUGCUGGUGGGGGGUGUCUCAAAUACACAUCACUUAUCCAGAGUUAGCAAUAUUGUAGUGGUGUUUGUUACGAUUUAGUGUGGAUAUAUUUAUUACAACUCGAGCUUGCAAUGGCUAAAAGGAAGAAUUCAUACAAAGAUAUUUGACGUUUUCUUUCAUGUUGUAUCUGAUUGGUAAUUAGACAAAUCUUCAUACUGGCUAUUUCUGUUGACAGAUGCUCGUAUUUCUUUGUCAUGGAUUAUAAUGUGAUAAUGAUGCACUAAAUAUGGGAUUUGUACAUUAGUAUGAACAGAUGACUGAUCUGUUAGUUUAAAAACAAAAACAAAAAUUAAUCAAAAACAACACUUUUGGGUGGAUGUCAGUUGUCAGUUUGUGUGGGGAGAAUGCUUAGCAAGUUUUGGAAGUCUUUAGCUGAAAGUGAAACGGGUGACAUAGUAGCACAACAUGCCUUGUGUUGAACAGACUCAGCAAGCAACAGACUGGUGUAAGGCAGUUGAAUUGGGACUAUCAUUUAUAUAUUGUUUAUUUUUAGGUGUGCAAAUCUUCCUUUUCUCCUGCACUGCCUCCAUUUUGCUGAAUUUCAACUGGAAUUGUUCAAUCUAAUUUCCACUGGUUGAAAGUGUCAUUCAGAUCAAAUCUCCAACAACAAAAAGUCUUUGUGAAGUACUUGUGCAUAUUAUAUCGGAUUUUGCCCUUCGCCAAUUUAUUGAUAAACACUGUAUUCUCGGUGUUGUCCGAAAACUUGCGAGAAAAAAAUCCCAAGCUUACUCAGAUGGGACUCAAACCCACGACGUCCCACUGACUAGUGCAGACGUCUUACCACUCAACCACCGAGCUUGCCGGGGUUGGCUGGCCAGUUUGAAUCUGAUGUAGCAGAGGGUAGCUCAACGAAACUUAUUGAUCACAUUAUAUACUUCUGCAUUGUUAUUUGUCUGUGAAUUUUGGAAUUCCAAAUGUUAGUACGUUCUUCGUAUGCAAAUCUAUAGAGUCAGCCCGUCGGGAAAACAAGUGUCAAGGUAUUAGUGUCUUUAAUUGUAGAACUACAAUCAUACAAAUACUGUUCAUACUUUUAUUGAUUGAUAACAUUUUAUCUUUGAGAAUUAUAUGGUCAACGUAUUUGUCAACAUCUUUGUAAGAUUGUGCUUACAUCUGUAGUCUAUUGUAGCAUCAAGAAUGAAUUCUUGAUAAUUUUACAUUUGUGUUUUUCAGAUACUAAAUGAUCAAGAACAUAAAUUGUAAUUUGAAUAUACGUAGUUGUAAAACACACUUUUUUACAUUCCCAGUGACUGUCAAGUUUUAAUGUCUCACCAGUUCUUUCCUUAAUUGGGUUUUUCUUUACAGUGCCAACCAGUGUGCCUAUAUCUUUUUGUUUUAAUUUCUCAGAAAUAAUUGGUAUUGACCCCACCCGGUAGGUAUUUUUAAGGUUUUUUCAGCAAAAAUCCAGGAUGGUAAAGAAAUCAAAUAAAAAAGGAAAUGAUACUUUAAACAAAAAGUUUGACGUCAAGUCUUAUGUACAGAAAUUGUGUUUGGGCUCUUCAGUGUGGAACUAGAAACCUCUAAAUCCAGGAGCUGAAUGUGGAAGCAUUUGAUAUGCCUUAAGAUGAUGAAUUGUCUUACAGGAACUGAAGACGCCAUGGUCACUUUUGCAGUUUCCUUGUGAAUGUUCUCAUUUUUGAUCUUGUCUUUUCAAAUUUCGAAAUAAAUCUCAUUGAGAAGAAUCAAUGUCAA